CGGCCAGGCUGUAACCGUCGUCCGUCCGGGAGCGGCUAGGAGCGGCAGCGGCAGCCGGGAACGGCGCGAGGCGACGCCAGCAGGCAGCGGCGGUAGCGGGGGCAGCGGCGGCAGCGGGGGACGCAGCGGCAGCAGCGGCAGCAGCAGCAGCAAGACGGACUCGUGGACACGCGCCGCCGCCGCCGCCGCCGGGCCGGGCCGGGUGUCGCGCGCCGAGGCUGGGGGGGAGUCGUCGCCGCCGCCGCCGCCGCUCCCGCCGCCGCCGCCGCCGCCGAGGUGACUGAGGAGAGAGGCGCCUCCUCGCUCCCGCCUCCGCCGGCCUUCAAUGCCCAGUCCCCAGCUCGCCAGCAAAUUCUGUUGUUGGAGCUCUUCAGUAUUAAGAAUUGAAAAUCUAAUAAAAAGCUGUCAUUGUCCCUGGAAAUGGCUCUUCCAAAAUGAAGUUUUUCGUUGGAAUAUACGUUGCACAUUUAUGGCGAUUCUGAGUGUGAGGGCAGACUUCUGCCAGGCUCAGCACAGCAUUUUCGCUGACAAGUGAGCUUGGGGGAUAUAUGUGCCAUAAUUAACAUUGCCUUGAAGACUCUGGACACCGAGACUGGCCUCAGAAGUAGUAGGCUUUUUUUCUUUUUAAUUGCAAGCAUAUUUCUUUUAAUGACUCCAGUAAAAUUAAGCAUCAAGUAAACAAAAGUGGAAAAGAACCAACACUUUUAACUUGUCUCACUAGUGCCUAAAUGUAGUUUAAAGGCUGCUUAAAUUUUGUAUGUAGUUGGAUUUUUUGGAGGCUGAAGGUAUCCAUCUGCAGACAUUGAGACCCAAGUUGGAUUUGGAUUGAAGUGGAUUCUGAAUACUUCUGCCUGUGUUGAAGAGAGAAACUUUAUAAGGAGUAAACAAGUUGAAUAGAGAAAAUAGUGAUCAAUAAUAGGCAUUUUAGUGGUCUUUUUAAUGUUUUCUGCUGAGGAACAUUUCAAGAUUUAUUGAAGCCCCCCAACCCCAUUUUCCCUGUUACACUCACACACGCACGCUCACACUUUUUAUUUGCCAUAAUGAACCGUCCAGCCCCUGUGGAGAUUUCUUACGAGAACAUGCGUUUUCUGAUAACUCACAACCCCACCAACGCUACUCUCAACAAGUUCACAGAGGAACUUAAGAAGUACGGAGUGACAACUUUGGUUCGAGUUUGUGAUGCUACAUAUGACAAAGCUCCAGUUGAAAAAGAAGGAAUCCACGUUCUAGAUUGGCCAUUUGAUGAUGGAGCUCCACCCCCUAAUCAAAUAGUAGAUGAUUGGCUAAAUCUGUUAAAAACCAAAUUUCGUGAAGAGCCAGGUUGCUGUGUUGCAGUGCAUUGUGUGGCAGGAUUGGGAAGGGCUCCUGUGCUAGUGGCACUUGCGUUGAUUGAAUGUGGAAUGAAGUAUGAAGAUGCUGUUCAGUUUAUAAGACAAAAAAGAAGGGGAGCAUUCAAUUCCAAACAGCUGCUUUACUUGGAGAAAUAUCGACCUAAGAUGCGAUUACGCUUCAGAGAUACCAAUGGGCAUUGCUGUGUUCAGUAGAAGUAGAGGAAGGCUUACUGGAUCGUGGCAUUAGAGGGAACUCUUGGUACCUGGAAAUGUGAAUCUGGAAUCUUACCUGUGUCAUCAAAGUAGUGAUGGAUUCAGUACUCCUCAACUCCUGAUGAUUGAGAAGAAAGCAAACGAUAAAUCCCUCUAUAACACGAAUAAAAUGUUUAAGAAAAGAAGAAAGGAAAAGGGAUUAAUUUAGUGAAAGAUGAUUUUGCUCCUAGUUUUGGAGUUUUGAUUUCUGCCAGGAUUGAAUUAUUUCAGAAUCUCCUGUGUUUUUAAACUUUUUUCAAAAUAGAUGUCUGAGGAAAACCAGCAGAAUAUUAACUAGUGUGGAGCCAGUUGUUGGGGAGCACACACUUCCAUUAUGCUUGGCACAUAGGUCUCCUUGUGUGAUUUGGGGAGGUGGAUUUUCCCCAUCUUCUCUCUUCCUUCCUGCCCCCUACCCCUUCUUCCACCUCCUGAUACAUGUAGAUGGAAUAGAAAGAAGCCUUGUUGCUGUAGAUGUGUGUCUGGCAGCCUUAAGCCCACCUGGGCACUUAUAGGAAAAUUAAAAAAACAAAAAAACAACACCCCCCCCCCAAAAAAAAAAAAAGCAAAGAAAAAGCAGUACAAAUAUUUUAUACCAUCUAAGAGUUUUUGGUGGGGAGGUCAUCUUAGUUUUUUUUUCUCAUGACCCUGAUCUGACAUUAGGUAUGAAAGUUAGCCAGGAGCCUUUUUUGGUAAAUGGUGUAGAAAUGACAUCUUAAAGAGGAGUCUGUCUCCUGGAACUUAGCUGAGAGUAGAGUCCUUUUUCCCAACAUUGGAAGGAGUGGGCAUCCCAGAAACUUUAUUGAAGAGUCAACUCUAGGUCAUCGAUAGCAUGUCCAGGAGAGUUAGGAUGCUUCUAACCGUAGAGCCGUGGGCUGUGGAUUUGCUCUCUGACAGUGUCAUGGGAAAGCAAUAGUAAAACUUUAGAGCUGAUUUCAGAAAAGAGGAGCUACAGAACAUUUACAGUAUUUUGGUCUUGAGGAAUAUCUGGUGGUGGUUUUACAAAUUAUUCUCUGUAGGUAUAGUUAGUGUAACCACCUAUUACCUUGUUACUGAUAGAGUCUUCUGAGAUUAAAGGGGGAAAAAAAAUCACUGUCAAAGCCAGUAAUGCCUAGAGAGUGUGUGUCCACAGGCUGUAGCAGGCAGUGGGACUGCGCUAUGGCAUCAGGGGAUAGCGUUUUUUGUGUUCUCUGUUAAGUGGGCUGACACAGAAGAGCUGCUUUUCCCUGUUUUCAGAAGACAGUUGGCCAGGCUGUCAAUGACAACGCAAGUGGAGGGGCAUCUCCAGAGACUCUGGACCUCUUCCCCUAAAUGUUCCUUACUUGACAGUGCCCUGCUGCCCAAGCCCUGAGUGCAGGCCUAGCAUCAUCAUCUUGUCCCAGUGGGAAUUUAUUAUGCAGAGCCAUAAACUUCCCGUUUUGUUAGUAUCAGCUAGGCCAGUAGGAUGGACGGCAUCUCAUUUGGUCCCUCAGAUGCUGGCAGCUUUGUGCGCUGCCUCUUUACUAUUGCUGGAAUUGUUCUGCUUUUAACUCAGUUUAGAUCUGUGGAAUCCUUCCUGCCUUCCAGAAAAUGAAAAAUAAUGCUUUUUUUUUUUUGACAUUGUUUCUAGAAUUUAAAGUAGAAAAUGAUGAUACAAUCCAAAAUUUUCUUAUUUCAGAAAAUGACAAUAGAUUGCUUUAACAUAGACUCAAGAUCAGAAUAUGUUGCCCUCUACGUUUAGAUUGACUGUUGACUCCAGGGGUUUUGAUCAAAACCAGCAAAGCUUUUUCCACUAGACAUGCUCAAAACUUUGCUGUGUGCAUUUGUGCACGAGCAUGUGUGCUCCUAUGAGGGUGUGUGCAUGUAGGUGUCCAUCAGUAUCAGUUCCUGCCUGGGACAGAAUUACAUUCAUGGUUCUGUGUGAGGAGAAGGGUGUAUAAAACAUCAUAAAACAGCCCUCAUUUUGCUUUAAAUAAGACUAAUGUUAAUUGUUCUCAGAACUGGACUUUUUUUUUCCUCAAAAUUAAAACUUUUUUAUUUUUCUUUUUGAUUUAAUGAAGUAUUGCUAGCGAAAGCCAGUUUGGCAUGAUGAGAAAUGUCAGACUUUUGAAAGGUGUGCAGCCUGAUUUAAAACCAAACCCUGAACCCUUUUAAAGAACAAUAAAACAUAUUUUACAUGC